CGAGGAUCACGGGCUGUCGCUGGGUCGGUCCAAAGCAGCGGACAUUGCGAGGCGCACGUCCCUACAACGAUAACGAUGAUGAAUUGGCGUCGAGCAGGGCGGCCGCCAGCACGCACAGGCUUGGCGGGCCCACCGGCGCUCGUCCCCUGCUAGAGAAGCUCAACGUCAGGAUCUGAUGAACUGCACGCCGGUGCGCGCCCAUUAUUGGCUGCUGACGGCCGCUGGGGGCGGUACACGCGCGGGAGACGCAGGAUUCCUGUAUGUGGACGGAGUCAGGGGAAGCAGGAGGAAGCAGCACGGCGCAGAGGCAGACGACUGUGAGGGUGCUUGUGCAGGCGCUGUGCGCGUCGUCGUGAGCGCCGACGGUCUAGCGCGACAUGGGCAGAUCUUCUCUCGCGAGUCGGUCGGGCGAGGUUGGCGGAUCUCCAGUCGGGAGGCCACGCAAGCAGGGUUUGCAGCGAUGUUUUCCACUCGGCGCCGGCGGACCCAGCAGGCUCCUGUCGAUGGCAAUCCUGAUAGCGGCCGGCCUCGUAUUGCUGCAUACAUACGUCGAUACGUGAGUGAUGGUGAGGAUAUGGCGCUGUGAAUUAUCAACCGUUUGCACCGCACUGUAGCGCGGCGGCGAGGGCAGCAAAACAAUGACGCACACGGGGCUGAGGCUGUCUUCG